ACUCGCCUGGUCACACAGUAAAGCUGAUUUCAUAGAGGGAAAAAGCAUAGCAAUAGGAUUUCGAGUUCUUCCAGGUUGUUUCAAACCCUUGAUCCGCUACGGGAGUUAGCUGCCCGAAUUCACAAUGCUCGAGAACUGUCAGCGCCACCACAUGCUCCUUGGAUUAGGAGCCCUAACGAUGGUCACCAUCCUCGUCCUGUUCGUGGAAUCUCGUUACGCGGCAGAUGGGCCUCGUCGCCGAGAGCCGCAGUUCGUGAUCGAGGACAACUCGACCUGCUGGCGGAAUGAGAAGUACACGAUGGUGCAGGAGUGCCACCCGUGCUCCGAAUUCGACAUAGUCAGCCGCAGCCUGGGCGUCUGCAUCCACACGCACUACAAGGAGGUGCUGCGCUGCCAGAGCGGCGAGAUCGUUACCAGGAGCUGCGACCGGGUGGCGCUCAUCGAGCAAAUGAACUUCCUGAAAUUUGAGGUCUCGUGCUUUGUAAUCGGAUUACUUAGCUACCUGGUCAGUUAUGCCCGCGAUCGAGUCCUGUCCAGGCGCAACUACAUGAGAAUCGAGCGACAGCUAAACCGGGUCCAAUAGCCCUCCGCCCCUUCAUCGAUUCCCUCACCCAAGUGAUACUCAUUGACCGUACGGAAGGUACAUUAUUUAAUUUAGUUUAAGUACAUACACUCUGAAAAUAACAUGUUAAAAUUCA